AUGCGUCACACAUCCCUACUACUCUCCAGCCUUGCCCUCGCUCAAUGCAGUACAGCAGGGUUGCUGAACGCAAGACAAGAUACAACGUCAGCUACGGCCAGAACGGGAACGGCCACAACAACCACUAGCGAAGCGACCGCAGGGUUAGUUGAGACAACAAUCGACGGCAAAGCCACCACCCUCCAAGUUGCAGUUCCCACGGGAGAUGUUGCGGAUGAGACUACAAGCACACCGACGGUAAAAACAGCCACGGCGUUAGCCCCAGUGGCAACUGAUAUCGGAACCGGAUCUUCAGCCUUGCUCUCUUGCAAAGCUCCUACCGGAAGUCCACUCUGUCUACCAAACAACGCAACGCAGGUCAAUGUUGGAGACACAUAUUACGUGACUUGGGAUCCAUCGAGAUUCGAAGUCAACACGACUAUCACCAUCCUCCUCAAUUACGCUAACGACACGGAUAAUGGAAAUCGUGUAGCUUGGACCUCGGAUGGCACUCCUCGUGAGAAAGGCUUUGUCACAGUGAAGAUGGAUGACAGUUGGCGGAAGGGAACGCGGAAUGCCACCCUUGAAUUUGCUUUGAUUGCAUACCAGCCUGUUUCCGAACAUACCGCACGCCCUGUGGACGGGCCCACAGUUUUCCUAAGCAAGUCUUCGUCACACUAUCCACCUCCUCCCACGACGAAACUCCCCGACAACGUCAGCUUGUACGUUGGUGUUCCUCUCGGAGUAGGCGGUUUGAUUUUUGUGCUCCUCGGUCUUUACUUCGGCAUGCGCAAACAUCGGCAUAUCGAUAUUAAGGGUAUAAUGGCUAGACGGAACAGGGGUUACGGUGCCCGUAAAUCGAGACGUGAAAGACUUGGCCUGAAGAAAGGCGUUAUCCGACUUGAGGAAAGGGAAGUCGCCGAUCCCGUUGAAGAUUACAGAAACGCACGUGAUAUUUACAGCGCCCCAGGACUAAGUGGUGACGGUGGCAAAUACGGUGGAAACGCAUUCAGGAAUGAGAUUGAGAAGCAAAAUAUUGGAAGGAGAGGCAUGAUUUAAAUUGAUGAGUUGAUGAGAUCCUGCUGAGUCACCUUUUGAUUUCUUUCAUUCUGAAGAGCUGGGUCUUGGUUAAAAAGAUGCUAAAUUGGAAC